AUGGCGAUUACCACGACUCUGCUUGAAGCACCCAAAUUUGUUCCAACUCUUGAAAAAUCACCGACCCGACCAUACAGCUAUCUCGAAGCCUAUAUUCCCGCGCUCACGACACAAUGCCACGCCUCCAACCUGCUUAAGCUACCAAAUGAUGACCUACUCUGCGCCUGGUUUGGCGGAAGCAUUGAAGGCCGACCAGAUAUCUGCAUAUACAUAUCGCGUCUUCUAGCGGGACAGAAUUGCUGGACAGAAGCAGUCAAAAUGACGCAUGACCAUACGCGCAGCGAACAAAACCCAGUCUUCUUCUGCAAUCCCUCAAAUGGGGAGAUUCGACUAUUAUACACUUCCCAAGAUGCAGGAAAUCAAGAUUCGGCUAUCGUCAAACAGAUAAUUUCCGUCAAUAAUGGUAUUACUUGGUCAGAGCCACGCGUUCUUUUCAGUGAUCCUGGCACGUUUAUCCGGCAACCUAUCGUCAUUCUUCAGGAUGGAGCCUGGGUCAUCCCGAUCUUCAAAUGUCGUGCUGAACCAGGUACGAGAUGGUUGGGCAAUGAUGAUAUAUCUUGCAUUCGGGUAUCAGAGGACGAAGGCAAGAACUGGAUCGAGAAGGAAAUUCCGAACAGCUUUGGCUGUGUUCAUAUGAACAUCCAACAACUGAAGAAUGGGUCUUAUCUCGGCCUCUUUCGAAGCCGAUGGGCUGAUUGUGUUUACCUAUCUACUUCGACAGAUGGACUGGACUGGACGGAACCUCAAAAGACCGUUCUUCCAAAUCCAAAUGCGGGCAUCUGUUUUGGUGUGCUUCCAUCGGGUCGGAUAGUUCUGGUGUACAACCACUCCUCUAAAUCAGACGCCCUCGGCCAAAGAGAUGGUCUCUAUGAUGAUAUCAGUGAUGGUACUGAUAUGAGAGCAAAUCAGGCUGCCAGGCAUGAGAAAGAGGCGUUUUGGGGAGCGCCUAGAGCCCCGUUAUCUAUUGCCUGGAGUGAUGAUAAUGCUGCUACUUGGAGGUGGAAGACCUUGGAAGAGGGAGAUGGGUAUUGUUUGACUAACAACAGUGAGAAGAAACUUAAUCGCGAGUUAUCUUAUCCUACUAUUUUUGUAGAGGAUACCGGGACUAUCCAUGUCGCGUUCACCUUUUGGAGGCAGCGGAUCAAGUAUAUGCAGUUGCGAGAGGACUUUUUCGAGACAUGA